UCUCACAUCAAUACUCACCUCCCCUCCUAUGCUAUUAUCCUUUUCCGCCAUCAACCCCCACUCUCCUCACGCCACCUAUCCUAUCAAUUCUCUCCCAUUCGCUUUUCUAAACGCUUAUCUCACAACUGUGUCACUCUGUCUCACGCGAUCGCCCCUCUCUCUCGCUUUCUCUCUCUCUAGAAACAAAGGCGAGAAACGAACCGAAAACCAACUCUUGCUUUCAGAGGAGAAGAAAAAAGAAGGGGAAAUUUACCACUCUAAUGUCUUCGCGGAAAUCGAUUUUCUCUCGAAGGAGUUCCAAGUCGUUCAGGUCUGUAAACAAUCAUAAACACGACGGCGGAGGAGCGGUGGUGUCCGGCCGUCUCGGCUGCGAUGUUUCCGGGGAGUGGUGGGCCGAGUCAGACCCUGUGGAUGGCUGGGCGAACAUGUUGCCUGAAUUGCUUGGAGAGAUAAUAAAACGAGUGGAAGAGAGCGAGGAUCGGUGGCCUCAGCGACAAAACGUUGUCGCUUGUGCUUGUGUUUGUAAGAAAUGGAGAGAGGUUACUAAGGAGAUCGUUAGGUCUCGUGGCAAUAUCGGCAAAAUCACUUUCCCUUCUUGCCUUAAACAGCCGGGCCCACAUGACUUACCUCAUCAAUGUCUUAUAAAACGGAAUAAGAAGACUUCAACGUUUUACCUGUCUCUUGCUCUUACUCCAUCAUUAAUGGACAAGGGAAAGUUUCUUCUGGCGGCACGGAGGUUUAGACAUGGUGCUCACACAGAGUACAUUAUCUCACUUAAUGCAGAUGAUAUAUCCCAAGGAAGUAAUGCUUAUGUUGGAAAGUUAAGUUCGGACUUUCUUGGCACCAACUUUGCAAUAUAUGACAGCCAGCCACCGCACAGCGGCGCAAAGCCUGCAAGUAGCAGAGCUAGCCGCCGAUUUACAAGGAAGCAAAUAAGCCCCCAAGUUCCAGCGGGCAAUUUUGAGGUUGGACAGGUCUCGUACAAAUUUAACCUCUUAAAGUCAAGAGGUCCAAGAAGGAUGGUGUGCUCUCUGAAGUGUCCACUAUCACAAGAAACUGUUAAUGAAAAACAUCUCGAAGGGUCUGUGAUGAAGGGACCAGAGUCUUCAGUUUCUGGCUAUACAAUUUUGCGUAACAAGGCCCCAAGGUGGCAUGAACAUCUGCAAUGCUGGUGCUUGAAUUUCCAUGGUCGGGUAACUGUAGCAUCAGUGAAGAACUUCCAAUUGGUUGCAACUGUGGAUCAAAGUCAGCCAGGAGCAAAAGGAGAUGAGGAUACCGUACUCCUGCAGUUUGGGAAGGUAGGAGAUGAUACUUUCACCAUGGAUUAUAGGCAGCCCUUGUCGGCUUUGCAGGCAUUUGCAAUUUGCCUUACAAGCUUUGGCACAAAACUGGCAUGUGAGUAACUUAUAUGCUGUUAUAAAUAUUGAAGUUGAGUUCUGUUGGAUGUUUUAAUAUCGGUAGUUCGAUUUAUAGUGUUGGCUUGGUUGAUGAAACCAACGAUGUAAAUGUUGUGUAUUGUAUUAAUAACAGAACUUUUGAAAUUAUUGGUUCCCAACAAUUUUUGUUUA